AUGGCAACUCGCCGCGCCUCCAACUCCGCCUCCGCGGCGCCCACCUCGACAAACGAUAUCUGCCCCGUCUGUAAGACGAUGCGCUACCUCAACAAGGACCUCGAGUUUCUCAUCAACCCGGAGUGCUACCACCCCAUGUGCGCCAACUGCGUCGCCCGCAUCUUCUCCGACGGGCCCAACCAGUGCCCCUACGCUGGCUGCCACAAGACGCUGCGCAAGAAGGGCUUCAAGUCAGCCUACUUUGGCGAUCUCGCCGUCGAGCGCGAGGUAGACAUCCGCCGCCGCGUCGCCGCGGUCCUCAACAAGGUCGAGGACGACUUCGAGACCCUUCAGGACUACAACGGCUACCUCGAGUGGGUCGAGACCCUCACCUUCGACAUCAUCUCGGGCACCGACGCCGAGAAGAAGGCCGCCGAGGCCCGCCUCAUCGAGUGGGAGCAGGCCCACAAGGCCGAGAUCGAGCGCAACCGCCGCCUGGCCAAGGAGUCCGAAGCAGAGCGCGUCGCCCGCUUCGAGGCCGAAAGAGAGGAGGCCCGCCGCCGCCGCCUCGAGGCCAUGCAGGAGGACGCCGCCGAGAAGCAUAACGAGCAGCGCAUGCGCGAGGAGAUGCUCAACGGCCUCGCAAGCAGCGACGCCGGCGAGGCCAAACAGACGCUGAACCGCGUCCUGCUCAAGAAGCGCGGCCAGAACCGCCUCAACGCCGCUAUCGGCUCCCUGUCAGACGCCACAAGCGCCCCGGGACUGUCGAUCCGCGGCCUCAAGCAGCAAAAGAAGCGCGUUGUCGAGGAGAACGCGCCCUAUGACCCCUUUGGCGGACUCAAGCUCGAUAUGGAGAGGUACACGAUGAGACCGUCGGACGAGUACCGCAGCCACUGGGUCGACGGGGCGAGAAAGAAGGAAGACAUCAUCGUGGGAGGUUACAGUACCGACGAGUACCUCAGUCGGGCCAUGUUCGAGGCCUUUUCCGGCUUGGCUGUAUUUAUCGAGGACGAGAAGGGGCCUGAAAAGGUCGCCACCGCUGAAGCCGCGCAGGUGGCGGCUACAGGUCAGACAACGAACGUGAUGGAGGUGGAUGACGUCUUCUAG